UCUUCGUGGCCGAAAUUUGUUGUACUUGCGACGCGGCGACUGAAAAGGAAUGGGAACCUCUAGUUUCUCACAGCUCUCAUGCGCCCGCCCGGGUCGACGAGUACCCUGCGCGGGCUGACCUGCGCAAGAUGAUGGCUCAGCACCCGUUGCCUGCUUUAGAAGCCAACUUGAUCGGUACCGAUACUAUGACUGGCGAUGAGCCGAGUAUUCAGACACGCGCCGUGUUGCACCGUCUCAACACGGCCCUGUCCAGCAACAACGUGGUGGCGCUCAAAAGCUGUUUCUAUGCCAGCCAGGCCUAUUGGAAAGACCAGUUGGCGUUGACAUACCACCUCCGCACCUUUCACUCACCCGGUGUGAUUGCUGCUGCGCUGUUGGAGACAGCCGGUCUGCGUGGGCUGGGAGAACUGUCUGUGGACGGUGCUGCGGUCUUUAUCCAUGCGACACCAACGUUGCAAUUCAUCGACUGCGGAAUUAGCUUCCGCACAACCUCACCGGCAGCUACAGGCAAAGGAAAAGUCGUGCUCUUGCCCGUGCAAACUGAAGAAAAGACCAUCGAAUGGAAGAUCUGGGUCCUGAGCACAAUGCUGGAGAGCUUGGAUCUUCAGCCGGAGAAUCAGGAGCUGUUGCAGGGAUCGGGGAAAGAGUAUCCUGAUCCGGAGACAUUCGAAACCGAUGUGUUCAUCAUCGGGGGCGGAAAUGCAGCUGCCGCGUUGGCCGCGCGCCUGAAAACGCUGGGGGUGGAGAGUGUCAUGGCCGAGCGCAACCCCCGCGUCGGCGACAAUUGGGCUCGUCGCUACGACUGCAUGCGCUUCCACAUCCCUACCUCGUUCUGCAAUAUGCCUUUUAUGCCCUACGGUCCCGAGCUGCAAUCUCCCCACCUUCUCACGCGCGACGAUCUGGCAGAGCAAGUCCGCCGUUAUGUCGCUACUUUCCAGCUUAACAUUAUCACGUCGGCGCAGAUUCACUCCACGCGAUACAAUCAGAAGAUCCAGCAAUGGCAGAUCAGGAUCCAAACACCAACAGGGCAACGGACGGCCAUUGCGAAGCAUCUUGUUCUAGCUACUGGCAUUGCAUCGCAACAGCCUUACGUGCCUUCUAUCCCCGAAAAGGACUCCUACCAAGGCAUCAACAUCCAUUCGGCUCAGUAUCAGAACGCCCGGGAACUGGUGGAUAAAGGCGCUAAGUCCGUUCUAGUCAUCGGCUCCGCCAACACCGCCUUCGAUGUCUUAGAAGACUGUCACGCCGCAGGCCUGCAAGCCACGAUGGUCGUCCGCUCCCCGACCUACACCGUGCCCAUUGAAUAUCUCCUCGACAAGCGCAGUCUGGGCGCCUACGACCUGGGCGUCGAAGCCGGCGACCGGCUUUUCCUGUCUCUGCCCUCGGUGACUAACAGCCAGCUAGGCGAUGGCCUGAUGAAGCUCCUCUCGUCUCAAGAGCCCAACCGCUACGACGCCCUAGCAGCAACAGGCUUCCCCGUUCGGGACAGCUCCCACCCAGAGUCCGUCCUCAUGCACAACCUACUGGAACGCGCGGGCGGCCAUUACGUCGACGUCGGCGGAACCAAGCUGCUAGUAGAAGGCAAGGCAGGUGUCAAGGCCAACGUAGAGCCGACCGCCUAUACGGCGACGGGGCUGCGCUUCUCGGACGGCAGCUCACUGGACGCCGAUGCGGUGGUCUGGUGCACUGGCUUCGCUGACCGGGAUGUGCGCGACACCACGGCGACGCUGCUCGGUGCUUCGGGUAUCGAAGCCGCCGAUGCGAAGGCGGACGAGUCGAUCCUGGGCCCCAGGGAAAUCGCCGCUCGUGUUGACGCGACCUGGGGCGUGGACGCUGAGGGCGAGACGCGUGGCAUGUGGAAGCGACAUCGCCAGCUGGAUAAUUUCUGGGUCAUGGGCGGCUUCACUCAGCAGCAUCGCUGGCACUCCCGGACUCUGGCUUUGCAGAUCAAGGCGGCCUUAGAGGGAGUUUUGCCUCCCGCGUAUCGGGACACCCCGCGCUUCUAAGGACUUGUUGGUGAGCUGUGGUGGUGGUUCAUGCAUAUAAUUUUAGGGUGGCUGUCUCGAUUUGGAUUAAACUUUGGUUGUUGAUUUUGGUAGAGUAAAGCUCGGGGCUUGAAAUAGGCUUGAAGCUUCUUAUUUUGAUUAUUCAAAAUGCCAUGGCAACAGGCAAGUAUACUAAUGUCUGUCUCUUUGUGGAAACUAGCGG